CCCUUCCACACCCAUUGAUAGAAUCAGAAGAACAGACAUGAAGCUUUGGGCUUUGGCUCUGUUAUUGCCUAUUUUGGUUCAUGGUGUUGCAGGAGAUGGUUUUGUCAGAACUGGGGGAGCUCGUUUUCUGCUGAAUGGUAGUCCUUACUAUGCAAACGGCUUCAAUGCCUACUGGUUAAUGUAUGUCGCCUCCGACCCAUCUCAGAGGUCGAAGGUCUCCGCCGUGUUUCGUGAAGCCUCAAGCCAUGGCCUUACGGUUGCCAGAACUUGGGCUUUCAGCGAUGGUGGGUAUAGACCUCUUCAAUAUGCUCCUGGCAACUACAAUGAACAAAUGUUUCAGGUAUGUUUCAGGAUUCAGACAGUUUUAUGUUCUUUUCUUGGUUUGAUUUAUGUUGUUCUUCCACAGGGGUUGGAUUUUGUUGUAGCUGAGGCCAGGAGGUUUGGAAUCAAGCUGAUAUUGAGCUUGGUUAACAACUAUGAGAACUUCGGAGGGAAAAAACAGUAUGUAAAUUGGGCAAGAAGUAAGGGACAGUACCUGAAUUCUGAUGAUGAUUUCUUCAGGAAUCCUGUCGUGAAGGGAUUCUACAAAAACCAUGUCAGGACCGUUCUUUACAGAUACAACAGAUUUAGUAGAAUUCAUUACAAGGAUGAUCCAACAAUUAUGGCAUGGGAGCUUAUGAAUGAGCCUAGAUGCACAUCAGACCCAUCUGGAAGAACAAUCCAAGCUUGGAUCAUGGAAAUGGCUUCCUUUGUGAAAUCCAUUGACAGAAACCACUUGCUAGAAGCAGGUUUAGAAGGGUUCUAUGGACACUCAUCACCUCAAAGAAUGAGACUGAACCCAGGCUUUAACAUUGGGACAGACUUCAUUGCAAACAACAGAAUCCUAGGCAUUGAUUUUGCUACUCUUCAUUCCUAUCCAGAUCAAUGGUUAUCAAGCUCAAAUCAACAAUACCAGCUAUCAUUCUUAAACAAUUGGAUAUCAACCCACAUACAAGAUGCACAAUACAUACUACACAAGCCAAUUCUCCUCACAGAAUUUGGCAAAUCAUGGAAGGUUCCAGGUUUCAGCACAAAAGGAAGAGAUGUUCUAUUCAAUACCGUAUACUCCAAAAUAUACUCAUCUGCGAGAAGUGGUGGCGCCGCCGCUGGAGGCCUCUUCUGGCAGCUAUUGACCGAAGGAAUGGAUUCUUUUCGCGAUGGAUAUGAGAUUAUCCUGAGCCAAAACCCUUCAACGGCGAACGUGAUAACCCAACAAUCCCGCAGGCUGUAUCAAAUUAGAAGGAUCUUCGCUAGAAUGAGAAACAUCCAGAGAUUGAAGAAGGCUAGGGCUGCAAGGGGCAAACCAAUUGGAAAUUGAAGAAACUUGUUCUUUUGUUGGAGAGAGUGAGUCAUUGGUAAGUCUCCCAAGAGCUUAUACUCAUAAUAGACAAUCAUACCAUUAUGGAAAGUCAUGAUUAGAUGUCGUCUAUGACCCUGAUGCUAACAAAAAUGCACGCAAUUGAACAUCAAAAUGAAGUUUGAGUUAACUAGAGGCUUCUCGAGUUCUCGAAAGCUAAUUCUAGUGUA